AUGACCAGUGGGAAGAAUCAAGUCAUGCAGGCCUAUCUUGGUUCUGUGCAACAGAAGAUGGAAUAUUUUCGAGGAUUCAAUGAAUUUGGUGGUCAGCUAAUAUUAACAGGGUCUCCCGCCAAAAAGCAAGAGCUUACCAGACCCUUACAUAAUUUUCGAACGAACAUGAUUAUUAAUGUGUACACGGAAUUCCACAAAAAGUUGAUUAAAGCUGCAGACAACUUGGAGCGAGUAAUCAGCUUUUCAGAUAACUAUUCUAAAUCGGAACCAUUUCUACUCAUUGACCAUUUUCGAACGGAAGGAAUGGGAAUUUCGACUGAAACCAUUGCCUCCCAUAUCCUGGUAUUCAAAGAACAAUAUCAAUGUGAUUAGUCAUAUAAAUACAAAAUAAUUAUUGUAGUUCUGUGAGGAAUAUUUAUAU